UUUCUCUUUUUCCGUACCACAGCAGAGGAAAGCGCGGUGAACGACAGCUCCUUUUCGAGAUCUACCUAUUCGAAUUCUCCGAUCGCCGGUCGCCGGUCGCCGGUCACCGGUCACCGGUCGCCGAUAUCCGCUACACAGAGAUGGGGCUGUGUUUCACCAAACUUAUUAUUUGCCUCAUUGCUAAGAAAGAAAUGCGUAUUCUUAUGGUUGGUCUCGAUGCUGCUGGUAAAACCACAAUUCUCUACAAGCUCAAGUUGGGGGAAAUUGUUACUGCUAUACAUACUACUGGCUUCAACGUGGAAACAGUUGAAUACAAGAACAUCAUCUUUACUGUGUGGGAUGUUGGGGGUCAGGACAGGAUUCGACCUCUAUGGAGGCAUUAUUUCCAGAACACACAAGGCCUCAUCUUUGUGGUUGACAGCAAUGACAGAGACCGUGUUGUUGAGGCAAGGGAUGAGCUUCAUAGGAUGUUAUAUGAGGAUGAACUAAGAGAGGCUGUGCUGCUUGUUUUUGCAAACAAACAAGAUCUUCCAAACGCAAUGAAUGCGGCUGAAAUCACCGAUAAGCUUGGACUUCAUUCUCUUCAUUCUCUUCAACAGCGGCACUGGCAUAUCCAGAGUACAUGUGCCACUUCUGGAGAAGGGUUAUACGAGGGACUUGAUUGGCUAUCGAACAAGGUAUGUGCUUAGAUCAUCAAUUAGACUCUGCUCUCGCUUGUCGCUCACUUACCUACAUCUGGAGUAUAGUUGUUAAACACCAUUUGGUUAUUUUGGAUAGAAAGAAGAUUAAUCUCUGAAAAAUAUCCUGCAUUUCUUGCCCUUUUCAUGUUUUUUCUUGUUAAUGAAAUCCCAUGGUUCAAAUUACUUGUGGUUGUUUGUAAUGUAGCCGGAGCUACUUUAACCCUUUUAAUUGUGUCUUCCCUGUCCUCCAACACACUUCAUCUUCGCCCUAGCUUCCGACCCUUGUAAUUUUGUAAAUCGAAUGAAUAACAUGA